GGGUGCUUCAAAGAAGACGAAGGCCCAACGGAGCUGGCUGCCUGCGCCCAUUUGGAAGCACUCUGAGAAUACCGAGCUGUUCACGGAAGAAGACCACCUUCCUGGUGACUGAUUCAUCAAAAUGGAGGAAUCCUUUGUGGACGAGUCUAUGGUGAUGUCGGAGAUGAGCGUGGACAUGUCGACGACCCAACCGACAGACAAAGACGACGAGGACACCAAGAAGAAGAUCAUGCUGAUCGUCUGCUGCACCCUCCUGCUGUUGCUGCUGCUCUUGUACUUCGUCGCCAGCGCGCUGCUCCUUGACGAAGAGAUGAAUGACGAUACAGAAAUCCCUGUGACUGCCCGCACUUAUGCAGUCGGAGGAGGAGGAGGUUCCCAACGACCAAACACGACGACGACACCCGUGACGACAGUCGAGAUAACGCAGGCGCCACCACCCACCCCGCCCCCUGUACCUCCUACGACCACCCCUACCACUACCACCACCACCACCACCACCACUACCACAUAUCGGCCUUCAAAUCCCGCUUACGUGAAGAAAAACAUCACUGGCCUGCUUUGCCACACCGUGGUGGACAGCUACCUCAAGUUUGCGGUGCCGGCGGGUUGCGACUUCUUCAUCGCCGACAUCACCAUCGCUGUUCCAACGAAGCAUCCACGCUACUCGCCGUACAUGGCCACCGUCAACCUCAAAAGUGCUGCGCAGAAGCAGGCGGUGAUGAAACGGAUGCAGCUGGCGCCGGGCAAGGGCCUCAUCCUGAUGGUGAACCGCAGCGAUCUGCGGCCUAAGAAUCCCCAGGCACGGCCGCAAGCCAUCGUGCGCGGAAUCCUCCAAAUCGUGACGGACAUUAACGCCGACGGCGUCGGGCUCACCGACCAAAGCUUGAAGGAGAGCGACGUCCAGGAGGUCACGUCCGAUGCCGACAUAUUGUCGGACGAGAUGCGACAAUACUACGGUCUCUACAGGCACGAAUCGUACACCGGAUCCUUCAAAGGAUUCAAAGAUCUCAUCACGCACGUUGCAACGAAAUCUUCACUCGUCUUCGUAUACAGAGUCUUUGGUCGCGCGACAUACUUCUCAGCUCCGUACUACACCAACUUCUUUAUGGAGAAAAAGAACGACACGCCAGUGAGUGAGUACAUCAAGCAAGAGGUCAUCGUCCCGCUAUCACUGAAGCAAGGCAACAAGGCUGUCGCCCUCUCCAUGUCGCUGCGGGUUCGCAAGUGCACCAAGUACUCCCUGGACGGAGACCAGCCACCCAAGUGCACUGAGUUGCCUCUGGACUUCCAGCACAUCUGUGACAUAAGCACAGCGAACCUCGAGUGCCAUUAUUAUUCGUUGAUGACUAGGCGCUGGAUGGGGGGAUUGAACGAAGACCUCACUGACAUCCAUUUUUUCGAAGUUGAAGAAACCGUUUCGAGGAAGGCCCGCCUAAUGGCUGACCAGCUGAAAAAGGCUGGAAUUAAGACAAUCGGCAUCAUUGUCGAGCAUUACGAAUAUGACGCGGACAAACCUAUCCUGACCUAUUCAUAUGACAAGCAACGGAACAUCUCGUGCAAGGUGACCCCGUUUGGCAUCACCAAUCGCACGAAGGCGCAGCUGGGCAAAGUCCUCUAGUUUCCUACUGCGGAAACACGACGUCCACCUGGUUGGAGAUUGCGCCCUUCAACUGUGUGCUUCAGAGUCAGCCUCAAGGAGGUUGCAGUCCUGUGCUGCACGGUCAACUCUUCGUUUUUUUUUUAGCUUCCCACCUAGGCUCAAUAGCGCCUAGUAUUGUCACAUGAUUUUAGAGUGCCUGUUCUUGAACAUUCUACUUGGACGCUCGUCAGUAUUUUUUUUUUCAUCUAGGACUUUAUUGAAUGUGUUGAUCCUUAGAACAUACGUUGUUCGCUUUGUCUGGACCACAUCCAAGAUGUCAGCAAAAAUGAACUCAUUUGAUGUUUA